AAUAAAUAGCGCGCGUGGGACGAGGAUCGUGAGCGCGAUCCUCGGCGAUCCUCCCUCCCGCCGCGGGUAUCGCACUUGAGGCCGCGAGUGCCGCGGCGGUGACGCCGUCGCCAUGUUUGUUAUAGUUUCGGAGGGAUGAUAAGCGUACGCGACGGCGUCGAGAUUUGAAUGAAACGCGUGUGAUCCCGGUUGCCGUGUACGCCCGUUCGUGCCGGCGUGCGAGCGCGUCGGCCGUCGACGACUCGCCGAACAUGGAUACUUAACAACGCUGUUGAAAUGUGGCUAAGAAGUGAACGAAUUAGUAGAAGAUUGCGCGGCCGUUUAAGUUUAAGCGGUGUAACGGCAUCAAAGGCAACCGGUCAUCGAACACAAGUUGGUACAGCGCGCAAAGUACCGCAUAUUGGGAACAGCACUCGAGUAAUAACAUCAAGUAGAUGCAGUAGAUUGAGUCAGUGGCAACGUAGAUCAUCCAGUUUUCUAAAAGAAGCUUGUAAAGAAAAUGUUUUACAUUUUGCUAAAUCCACACCUAUUAGACGAGAGAGAGGACCUCGUAGAAGAAAAUGCAUAAAACGGUCGAUGGUUACGUCAACUCCUUUGCACCGUGCUCCACCAAUAGAUGCAGUAAUUUCUGCUAAAAACGCAUCGCCGUCUAAAGUUUCGGAAGAAUCUAAGGAAAAUUGGAAUGGCGGAUCCACUUUACCUCUUUGCUCGUCAGUAACAUAUACGGACUCUCGUAGUCCAAUGAUACCGCCGGUACAUGACUUGAAAUCUUCCAUAUCCAGUGUAUCUUCAUUGACCUGUCUAAUGCCUCCGGUAUCCCUAGGAUCGCAUUCAGAUCUCACAUGUUUACUAGAUGAUGAAGGAAGCAAGAACAACGAUACUACGCUACCGUCGUCGUUACACUACUCCUCUUUAUACGCACACGCCGAAACGUCCACAGAAUACUACAGUUUGAUGCAUUCGACUUCGAUAUAUAACGUCCGUACAACCACGUACAACACAUCUGACAAAUACUUUCCAAACGGAGGAAAGUGCUCGCUUAUCGAUAACAAUGAAAACCGCAGUGAUCUCUCAAAAGAUCAAUAUGCUAUUGAAACAGACCCAACAAAACAUGAAACAACUGCUGGAUAUCCCAGUACAAAAUACAGUAUACCAGCAAGUACGUACAAUAUAAAUCCUCAUCAUCCAUCCGAUACGAAUGGCAAUCUUAGUGACAAAUAUGAUUCCGAGGAUGUCGACAGUCGUUAUCACGAGGUUGAAUACAUGGAGGUGGGUAGCGAAGAGAUAGUAGAAUCUUGCGAUGUAGAGAACAUGGUUACUCAAGUUCAAGAGGACUGGGAGCCGUUCGAUCCUUAUGUCUUCAUCAAGCACUUGCCGCCGCUCACGCCAGCAAUGAGAGCAAGAUGCCCGGCUCUGCCGCUCAAAACACGAAGCAGUCCAGAAUUUAGUCUGGUACUAGAUUUGGACGAGACGUUGGUUCAUUGCAGCUUGCAAGAACUAUCCGAUGCGGCGUUUCGCUUCCCAGUAGUCUUUCAGGAUGUAACAUAUACGGUAUUCGUAAGAACGCGACCGUACUUCCGCGAAUUUCUCGAACACGUCUCGUCACUCUACGAGGUGAUUUUGUUCACGGCGAGCAAACGGGUGUACGCUAACAAGCUGAUGAAUCUGCUGGAUCCAACGCGAAAAUUGAUCAAGUAUCGUCUGUUCAGGGAACACUGUGUCUGCGUUAACGGAAACUAUAUAAAAGAUUUAUCCAUCUUAGGCAGGGAUUUAUCUAAAACUGUAAUUAUCGACAACAGUCCACAAGCAUUUGGAUAUCAGCUGGAGAAUGGCAUACCUAUAGAAAGUUGGUUUGCCGAUCGUUCGGAUAACGAAUUAAUGAAAUUAUUACCAUUUUUGGAAAAUCUAGUAAACUGGGGAGGCGAUGUAAGGCCGCGCAUUAGAGAACAGUUUCGAUUAUUCAGCUUUCUACCACCGGAUUAAUUUAACUAGCGUGCACAAAAUUCAA